UGUAAGUACCAGGUGAUAUACGAUAGCCGAAAAAGUGUUGGCUUUGAGCUGGGGGCGUGGAGCGUUUGGUUUAACACCGUCGUGCAGUUACCCAGGGAGACGGAAUACCUUCACGUUGUCUGUGCCGUGAACAAGACAACUCUGGCCGAUGAGUUCAUGGCGAUGGCGCCAACACGCAUGUCGAUCGCUGGACGAAUCAAGCAGCAGAUCCGCACACCAAAAGUGUCCCCCGGAACCUACCAAUCAAAAUUGAACUUCAUAAUCGUGACAAUAGAAGGUUUAUCGAGCAUCGAUUUCGUGCGGUCCAUGAGCUACACUCAUGAGUUCAUCUUCAAUGAUUUAAAGUCCUUUGAGCUGAAGUACCAUGCUCAGCUGGGUGCCUCGGUCCCUGACAAUAUCAUCCCGCUGUUGACUGGUAAAUCUGAGAAUGAAAUGGUCAUGGACCGGAAGCUGUUAGACAAAGACGUCCCUCGGCUGAAUGCCCUACUUUGGGAUGACUUUGAAAGAGAAGGUUACUUGACACUGAGCACCGAGGACGACCCAGUAGAAGGUAUGAUCCCUCACCUCAUGAAGUGGUUCGACUCUAUGCCCACCCACUACAGCACUCUGCCGCUCAUACGAGCCUUACACUCGGCCAACGUGCUGACAGAGAGCCCCAGACCCUGUCUCCGAGAUGAAGCGUCCCGUCAGAACUUUCACCUGGGAUAUUUACGGAAAUUCUUCAAACAGUUUCCCGACCAACCAUUAUUUUCUUACUUGCAUUUUUCGGGGCUGAAUCUAACAGACGCGUACGAGACAACAGUUUUGGACAAUGACCUGCGACACUUUUUAGAAGAUUUCUUGGAACUGGGUUACCUGAACAACAGCGUGCUUGUCCUGACGUCCGGCGACGUUCAUCAGACGGAGCCUGUAGGCAGCGCAGAUGUCCUGAAGACGCCAUUCGCCUUCCUGAGUUUACCGCAUUGGCUGGCAGACGACUACCCGGAUGCCGUGAGCAGCCUCAGACAAAACUCCCAAACGCUGACAACAAACUACGACCUUUACGAGACCAUCGUGGACCUGUUGCAUCUAAACGACCCCGGCUCACGAUAUGCCCCAGGCAGAACCGUAGGUCAAAGUUUAUUGAGAGGGAUUCAUCCUGGCCGUGACUGUAAGAGCCUACUGGUGCCCGCAGAGUUUUGCGUGUCUGCUUGUUGA